UUGGUCCUCGUUUCUCGUCUGAUCCUCCUUCCAACACUUUGCCAAUCACUGCGGCAAAUGUGUUCCUUUGAUAUCCCAUUGACGUACGUGUUCUUUUCAGCAACCAGUCACACAGACUAUAAAUUGGGGAUAUGGGUGGCACACUUAUAUAUGUAGAUUCAGCUCUCUUGCUUCUCUCCGGGGUUAUGAUCAGUUCCUCCUUCCACUCUUCUCCGAGUGUCAUAUACUCGAUUGUCCAUAUCCCGUGGUGCCUGAAAUUUAGGCAUUCAUAUAGUGGGUAAGAAACGAUUUUAGUUGGGUUAUACUCGCCACAAUUGACAUGGAGCUGCAAAUGGGACAAGUUCUCGGCAAUUUCAUCCCAUGACUUGCUCAAAACAUGGAGUUGCAGUGUGAGUAGACUUUUUCUUCGCUGAAUCCAAGUUAGAAUGUAGAAUCUUACAUGGACCGGAAUAUGUUAUAUUUGAAACUAAGACAACCCAGUGACUCUUUGUGUUAGGAUUGUAGUUAGAUUCCAAAUAUUUAGAUAUAUCUGAUUAUAUCCAGAUGAAUCUUAAUCAGAUUCGAAGUCGUUAGUCGAUUAGAAUUCGAAUUGAGAUUAGAUAUCUAAUUAGCAACAAAAAAAAAGAAAAGAAUCCUUAGUGAAUUAGGAUUUAUGGCCAUUAAUACAUCAUAAAUAUCAAGGCUUUGGGGAGUAAAAGGCAUCUAGAAAGAUGGAGAGAAAAAAGAAGAUAUUUAGUUAAAUUAAAAGAGAGUGAUUCUUGUUUUAAAGAAAAUUUUAUUUUUGAUUUGAGUUUUUUUUUUUUUGAAGUCUUCUCUCUGAGAAGUGUAUCAGAUAAAUUGUUUAAAGUCGAAAAAACCGAUGAAGAUUGCUGUGAAAGGGCCAUAAAAGAAGUGAGGAGCCAUAUGUUUAUUGUGUGUCAUAUUUAUCAUCUGUCCUUUUUGUUAAUGUUAAUUAGAUACUAAUCACAGAAUCAGCUCGAGUGUUGUGCUUUUCUUAAUUCAUAUUACGUGAAUAAGAAAUCUCAGCGGUGUUGCCUUCAAAGAGCAACUCCUGAGCAAAAGGCCGCAGGAUCAUACUAUCCAUGAACACUUCUUUUUCCUAUGAAGGAUCCUUCACUGAGCAAUCAUUUACAGCUAAAAUGGAUGUCUGAGAAGACAAAUGCUAACUUUAACCUUGCCAUUUACGAGCACAAAUCCAUGCGCGAGGAGGAACUGAUAAACCAUCCACGAGGUGUCCAUACAUAUAUGUAUGACAUCGCUUUUAUCCAUUUCUUGCAUGCUCGUUAAGCCCUUCAUUGAUCUCAGUUGUUGCGUCAUCUCGUGUCAUUUGCGGACCUGCCGAAGCUUCUUUGCUCGAGUGAUGCAGUCCAUGUAGAAGCAUGUCCGAGGGGCCUCCCUUUUGUGAGCUAAAGGAAGCUGAAAGAAUGGAGCCUUUGGGGAUUGUUUCAGAAGCACAAGAGCUCAGCCAGAAGGGAAAGCAAAUGGGUUGCAGCAAAUGGCGAUAGACCUCUUUAGAUCUGCACGAGGACGAGUGUUUCCGUCUCUCAUAAGGAAGGGUUCGAAUUUAGUUGAUUUGUCGCAGGUCAACGUAGCAAGCAAGCUAAAUGACCCAAUUGCUCAUGCUGGUUUUAUCCUCUUGAGAUAGAGAACAAGCCCAGUCUUGCUAUUUGCUACCCGACGACACUGAGCUCACCUCUUUUUGAAUUAUCUUCUCCUUUCAGAGUCAUGCAGAUCGCAGCGCGACCAUGAUUGAUGCCAAUCCGCCAUUCUUUGCCGCUUACGGGAGCCUCUUCCGCAGCCGACCGGCUGCUGGUAAUCAUGAGGCUGAGGCAGUGGAGGAGUGCGACCUCCCGAUCGUGGAUCUCAGCCGUCUUAGCGACGAGCUCCAGGUCGAGCAGUGCAAGCGAGAGAUCGUCACGGCCGCCUCGGCGUGGGGCUUCUUCCAGAUAGUGAACCAUGGCAUACCUAACGGUGUCCUGGAUAGACUGCGAGCGGAGCAGGUUAGAGCGUUCCGGCAGCCGUUCAAGAAGAAGGCCGACGAGAAGUUCCUCGGCUUCUUGGGCGACAGCUAUCGCUGGGGGGCGCCCACGGCGACCAGCCUGAAGCAGCUAUCGUGGUUGGAGGCGUACCAUAUUCCUCUCUCUUCCGCAACCCAUCCUGCCACGACUAGCACUUGCAGGUGUGUGAUAGAGGAACUCUCGUCGGCGAUGUCUCGGCUGGCGGAUCGACUGAUGGGUAUACUCGCCGAAGGAUUGGGAAGUGAUGGGAGCUACAUCAAGGAUAAUUGCAAGCGUAAUACGUGUUAUCUACGAUUAAACCGGUAUCCCCCGUGCCCGGUAGCAGGUGAGGUGUUUGGGUUGGUUCCCCAUACUGAUACUGAUUUCCUCACCGUGCUGUGCCAAGACAACGUGAUUGGGCUGCAGCUGAAGAAGGGUGGGAGAUGGACCGCUGUUAGACCUAAUCCUGGCACGCUAAUCAUCAACGUCGGUGAUUUAUUCCAGGCGUGGAGCAAUGGACUGUACAAGAGUGUGGAACACAGGGUCAUGUCGAAUCCACACCUGGAGAGGUUCUCGGUGGCCUACUUCGUUUGCCCCUCGAAAGAAACCAUGAUCGAGAGCAGUGCACGGCCGGCCAUUUACAGGAAGUUCAGCUUCGGGGAAUACAGACAGCAAGUACAACAAGAUGUAACACUACUAGGUUACAAAGUUGGGCUCACGAGGUUUCUUGCUUCAUGCAGGCGAAACAAACACACCAAUGCACAGUUCCCUCCGUAGCUCUUGCUUGUUACGGUGAAGCGUUUUAAAACCCCUCUACGAUGUAGAU